GGCUGCCCCAGAUUGCAAUUCCAGCCAUGUCCGUCCGCAAGUUUGACGACCUCACCGAGCAGCUCGACAAGGCCAACUCGUACUGCCUCAACGAAGACCCGAGCUAUGGCUUUGCCAACCUCUUCAUCGGCGAUGGCACGCUCCUCCUCAAGAGCGAGGCCGAUGAGCAGCUCAUCAUCCACUUGGAGUUCAAGGAGGCCGUGAAGAUCCACUCGAUUGCGCUCAAGGCGCCCACGGACGACUCGGCGCCGCGUGUGCUCAAGCUGUUUGUGAACCGCAACAACCUGGGCUUCUCGGACGUUGCGGACAUUGAGCCUGUGCAGCAACUCGAGCUGAACGACGAGCAGCUCGCAUCGGGGUCACCGAUCGAGCUCCGCUUUGUCAAGUUCCAGCGCGUCUCGGCCUUGACGCUCUUUAUCGAAGAGAACAAUGGCGGCGACAUCUCAGCGCUCUCGAGCCUGCGCCUCUUUGGCGAGCCGAUUGCUGGCACCAACAUGAACGACCUCAAGAGCGCCGGCCACGAACAUUAGAUCACACUAGUCGAGUAGCCAGGGGAUGCCUAUCGCGCCAUCAAGUCGUAGUUAUAUCUCAACCCGACAUGU